CUCCCGUUAUACAGUGCUACUCCAUCGAGCAGAUUUAGACACCAAAUAUAAUAAAGUUGGAGAUGAGGGCACUGACGGUUGCCUGUGGUGCAAAAUUGUGCUGCCACAAUCCCGUUGCGGCAGGCACGCGUGGUCCACUGGCUCCCUUCUGCCCAUGCGUUUGUGGCUCUUAAAAGAAGGUGUCCACGUGACCACUCCAGGACCAUCACUGCGGAGAAGACGUUUGGCCAUCAACAUAUUUCCCAGGUUUGAUUGGGGGGAAGAUGCACGUAUCACGUUUGCAGAAUGUCGAAAGAUCGAGCCCUUGCGGAUGACCUUGAAGAGCAAAAUGCAACGGGUAUACGCUCAUAUUCGCGCGAUGGACCUCUUGAUCCGAGGCCCAUCAAUGCAUUCGAGGUGCUCAUGCAGCCCAAGAAGGCCAAGCCGGUUGCCAGCAAUACUGACCUGGCGACGUUGCGGACAAUGAUCCACGGCCGAGGAGGUUUGGGUGCUUACACUAUCGAUCCUGCCUCCUUUCCGGAUACCCGUGUUGUGUACUUCAACGACAAAUUCACCGUGAUACGUGAUCUGUAUCCCAAAGCCUCAGUGCACUUACUUAUCCUGCCACGAAACCCGAAGAAAAACCUUCUUCAGCCUCAGAUCGCAUUUGACGAUCCAGAGUUUCUGGCAGACUGCCGAAGAGAAGAAAUUCGGGUACGAGACAUCGUUGCAGACGAGCUUCGACGCAAGUUCGGCCAGUACUCCGCUUCCGAGCAAGCACGAGUUCGUGCAAUGGAAGCUGUAGACCUUCCCGCUGAGCUUCCACCCGGACGUGAUUGGUCCAAAGAAGUGAUUUCAGGUAUUCAUGCGAAUCCCUCCAUGAGCCACCUACACAUUCACGUGCUCAGUCGAGACAUGGUAAGCGGGCCGAUGAAAAAACGCAAUCAUUAUCUAUCUUUCACCACAGACUUCCUCGUUGGUCUCGAACAUUUUCCCCUGGCGAACAACGAUUUCCGCAGGAACUACGGACACUUUCCGGAAGACAUGUACUGCUGGCGAUGUGGCAAGAAUUUCGGAAAUAAGAUGUCCAAGCUGAAGGCACAUCUAGACGAAGAAUGGUCAGAAUGGGUUCAUGAGUGACAGCAACACGCAAACCGUUUGGACGUGUGGCUAGAGCAUGUAUUUAUCGACAAAUGAGCCAGGCGUGGCAUAAUAUGAAUAUUUAUAGACCGGAACUACUCUCGCUGCGAUCAGAGACGUGCGUGAGACUGUUUUGACAAUGGAGGGC